GUUCCUAAGCCUGCAACCGAGAAAGUGGGGGCGGGGGAGGAGGAAGACUCAGGGUAGGAAUGGCGGCUCAAAUUCCAAUUGUGGCCACCACUUCCACUCCGGGGAUAGCCCGGAACAGCAAGAAGAGGCCAGCCAGUCCUUCCCACAACGGCAACAGCGCUGGGGGUUACAGCACUAGUAAGAAGAAAAAAGUAUCCUCCUCCAGCUUUACGCAGGGUAUCAGCAUGGAAACCAUGAGUGAGAAUAAGAUGGUGCCCUCUGAUUUCAGCUCAGGACCUAUGGAAAAAGCUGCCAAGCCAUUGCCAUUUAAGGAUCCAAACUUUGUGCACUCUGGCCAUGGUGGCGCGGUCGCUGGCAAGAAGAACAGAACCUGGAAGAAUCUGAAACAGAUCCUCGCUUCUGAAAGGGCAUUGCCGUGGCAACUGAACGAUCCUAACUACUUCAGUAUUGACGCUCCUCCCUCCUUUAAACCAGCUAAGAAGUAUUCUGAUGUUUCAGGUCUUCUUGCCAACUACACUGACCCCCAGAGCAAACUGCGGUUCAGCACCAUCGAAGAGUUUUCCUACAUCCGGAGGCUGCCCUCCGACGUCGUCACUGGCUACCUGGCCCUGAGGAAGGCCACAAGCAUCGUUCCCUGAGCCUUGAGAAAUGGGGAUGAGUGGAAGACUGUUUCAGAGGCAGACUUUGGACUCAUGAUUUUGUUUCAUGGAAACAAACUCAUUCUGCUGUCAAUCUGGAAAUGUCAGUGCUGUGCCUUGGAAAGAAUGUUUGGCUUUAAUUUCAGUUUUUUUUUUUCUUUUCUAUGUUUUCCCUCCAAGUGUGAUAUUUCCUGUUGAAUUAAAUUAUACUUCAGUUGUUGCCUCAAGUAAAGUUGUUUGAUAAGAAAAUAUAAAAUUGUGCUUUUAACUUAA